AUGAAAGAUGGGAAUCGCGUGGAUUCGGCUCGAAUAGCGGAAAAUGUUUCCGGGACAAAACCUCCUCCUGUAGAAGUACAACGGUCGAUGCCGCUGUCGAAGUAUGCUACAAAAUCUUCCGGCGGAAGCACGCUUUCUUCGGGUGCACGCCUCCAUGCCCCGGACAAACCACGUGAAUAUGAUAGGGCGCAGUGCUGCGUCGGAGCCUUCUGCGCCCGUUGCCAGCUGCCACUACACCGCAGUCUGCGAGGAAUCCAUGGAGCAAGCCGUCGUCCUAGUUUUAGCGCUUCAUUGCCAUCUGUUUUCGUCCAUCUUUUCCUCCCGCAUUCGCAGUUCCAAGCCAACUGUAUCACUCGAUGCCGAUAA